CUUUUAUUUAUAUAAACAGCACUAAAUUAGACAUAAAACGCGCCCCGUGGUUUCAAAUGACAUGUAAAGCGAAAUUGAAUUCGCUAAGAACACGGCAUAAUGAGACUUGCAGCCGUACCUAAGUAGAACUUCUGUAAAAUGCUUUCUCGGCUUAUGCAUUUCCCCAAAAUGGACACAUCAUAGACACAUUAAUAACAAGAAAAAACUUUUAACGUUUGACAGUGGAAAAAGGAAAACAAAAAUGCGUUUUGUUACGACAGAAGAAAGGCAAAAGGCUUAAAGCUCUUAAAAUACAUUUUGGGCUUAUCCUUAACAAAUGUCAUAAAUAGGAAGAAAGAGCUUUGGGUUUUGAAGUGAUAAAGUGAAGUAAAUAAUGUAAAAUCUACUUGCCAUCUUGCUGAUAACUGGUUUACGAGAUUCAAAGCCUAUCCUCAUAUAAAUAUGCACAAAAAAGGUUCUCUGACGCAAAAUGAGGCACUUCCAUGCUGAAUAACAGAGAGCAAAAACAGUACAAACUCAAGACGUUUGUAAACAAAAUGCAAGGCGGUUUAGAUGCCAUGUAAUAGUUUUGAAAAAUAGGAUAGAGAGCGUAAUAUUAUAGAUUUAGUAAUCAACAGAUCCUAAGAUAUGUUUCCUUUUUUCUCAUUUCAAUUGCCAAGAACCACAUUUCAAAUACAACGCAUCAGAGAAGGGUUUCAUUUCAAAUGAAUCUUGACAUUUCUUCGUCAUCUAAUGAAUACUGUUUACUAAAACUUUUAAACAAAUCAGGCGAUAGAUAUAAUAGAGUGUUUUGUAUACGUGAAAGCCAGUUAGAAUCACUUGCUAGAAUUUUAAUCGAGAAAGCUAUAGGCUAUGUUCUUUUUUUAUCAUUCCACCGAGGCUUCGUACAAUUUAUAUGGCCGCCUGCGUGCCGGCAAGUUAUUGGAUAAUAGCAACCCAUAUUAGAGUCAUCGCUUACAAUAGCUCAGUUUUGAAAUACGCUAACUAGACAAUGCAUCCAGUCGAGGCUUUCGUCUGAUUCUAAUCAUUUACUUCAAUUUUAAAAGAGAGCCACGACGUGAGGAAAAAUGUUUUUUACGCAUUGGCUCGUAUCGACAUGAUGAGCAUUGGAAAGUCUUCAAGUCAUAAUUGCAUUAUUGCAACUUAUUCUUAGCAGUUCUCCAAAAGUGUUGUUGCUACCUGAACGCUGCGGAAGAGGAAACAGCGGUUUAAAGGAUACGCUAGCCCAAGCCAUCACCUUACUAACCCAACAUCAAGGUGACCAAGUGCGAGCGCAGCCCUCUAUCACACUAGGCCACUAAGUGUACUACUGCUUACUUAUAUUUAAAGCCUGAAGGUAAAGCGUCUGAUAUUUGGAUAUACUAACACUUCAAGGCUCAGGGAUUACCGACGGAUAUAACAACACAACGACUGCAAGGGCCACAGCUUGUGAAAAGUACAUAAGUGUACUUCUUUAACAAUCUAAACUAAGACAAUUGAAGCUUUGGGGAGUUACGUGUGCCGAAUAAUUUAGCACUGCAACCAAGUGAAACCUUGCGAAUUAAAAGGGGGAAUGCGCUGGUAAUCAAAAGGAAAUAAAUUUAUCAAUAUUAUCUAGAAAAUAGCAAUGUUGGCAACUGGUAAUAUAUCCUUAAAUAGCACUGAAAUCCUUUCAAGCAUGGAAGGGGAGUUCAUCCGCGUCCUGCAGUUGUUUUGCUAUAUUGUGAUUAUGACUAUUGGCGCUGUGGGCAACACCCUAAUCUUCGUUGCAGUUCUCGCGCGAAAGAAACGCAAGAUUAGCGAGUACUUCAUCCUGAACCUCGCCACCACGGACCUAGCUGUCAGUCUAAUCAGUAUUCCACUGGACAUCGUUGAGAGCCUGUCAGGUCACUGGCCGUUCGGAGAAUUCCUCUGCAAAGUGGUUUACCCCCUUCAGACCACCCUGAUGUCUGUCUCUGUAUUCACACUGCUUUCCAUGAGCCUUGAGCGCCACAGGGCCAUCAUGUACCCGCUCAAACCAAGAUAUCAUCGAACGCGCGCGCUGAGCGUCAUCGCAUUCAUCUGGCUAGGGAGUAUCGGCCUUGUCGCGCCUUACAGCUACGUGUUGUCCCUCAAGGAGACAUUCUGCACUGAGAGCUGGCCUGGUUUGAAAUACGUUAAGGCGUACACAAUGACUGUGUUUCUGGUCCUUUAUCUUGUUCCUUUGAUGGUGAUCUCUGCGGCGUACAUUCACGUCGGGCAAAAACUCUAUAACGACAUCGAGAAACUGAAGACGGUUUUGAUUAGUGCAGUCAACGGAAAGCAGAUACUACGGACUCGGCUGCAGCGAAAUGUCCACAUUGUUAAGAUUUUCACGGCUGCUGUAGUCGCAUUUGCGGUAUGCCUUUUACCGACACACGUGGUAUGGCUCUGGCACGACUUCGGCCAAGGAUCGAGGUCUAACGCGUUCUCCACCAUUUUGGUUUUUGCUAAUAUAAUGAACUACACUAACAGUUGCAUCAAUCCCUUCAUAUUCGGAACCCUGCAGAUGCGAUGUAACGUUUGUGUAAAGUUUUUAAGCCAUGGUUUACAACGAAAGAAUACGUCAAAAUUGCACGACAAACGAUCGUUCUACUCGCUACGAGUUUCGUUUACAAGCUCGUCUCGACUGUACAGCGGAAUCCGUAGAAGUAGCGUAUCUACGCGGAGUAUCCGCAAGAUGUCAAGGGAUCGUAAUCAACAAGUAGAUAAUAAUAUUGGCACAAUAGGAUGGCACGCGAGGAGACAAAGCUCGAAGCCAAUUAUUGUAUCGAAUAUCUGAGCAUGCUUCUCCCCAAAUAUUAUAUUGUGUCAGACUUAUAUAAAUUUGAUGAUCUAAUAGUUUUUUGCUUUCGUCCCUGAAAUCCACUAUUGCACACUGCUGGCGUCUGGCUUAUUAGCAGAUGCAGUCAAUAUAAGUAAAAAAAAAAUUCUCAGUUUUAUUCUCGUGGCAAAUAUUUGCAGUGUUAUCAUUAAAAAAUGCCUUUUAUUCGUGUGCUUUCCAUUGCCAUGUUUAGAAUUCUCCAUGUUAAUGGGGAAUACAACUAUUGUCAAUAAAGUAUUAUAGAAUUAUA